AUUUCGCGGAAACAUGUUGGAUAUCGGCAAGCGAUUGAUCUUAGCGCUUUUUAUUUUGCCACUACUGUAUGAGCUCAAUAACUGUGAGCGCAAACUUGGCAUUGGUAUGUAUUACAUGAAUUACACUGCCGGUCCAAAGUAUAACUUCAGUGUAUUCAAUUACAAAUUCUACAAUGUGGACAAUAAAAUUGUAAUUUAUGUUGAAUUUAAACUAUAUGAAGAUACUCAUUUCACUGCAGAUAUCAAACUUGAUAUGCUACGUGCUAAUGAUAAAAAAAUGAAUUUGCUAAAUACACACCAAGAUGGCUGUAAUCUAUUCAGCGCUGAAAAGUCAAAACUUCGCGGAAACAUGUUGGAUAUCGGCAAGAGAUUUGUCGUAGUGCUUUUAAUUCUACCACUACUGUACGAGUUCAAUAACUCCGAGCGCAACCUUGGCAUUGGUAUGUAUUAUAUGAACUACACUGCCGGUCAAAGGUAUAAUUUCAGUGUAUUCAAUUACAAAUAUUACAGUGUGGACAAUAAAAUUGUAGUUUAUGUUGAGUUCGAACUAUAUGAAGGUGGUAAUUUCACGGCACACGUCAAACUUGAUAUGCUACGUGCUAACAAUAAAAAAAUGAAUUUGCUGAAUAUGGAGCAGGACGGCUGUAAGGUACUAAACGGCGUGCAUAGCAGUCGUUUGUUAAAAAUUAUCGCGAGUGAGAUUAUUCGAGUUGUCAACUUGCCGGCGAAGUGUCCGCUUUUAGCAAAUAAAUUAUAUAUCGUCAAUAACUACACUUUGGAAGGGCAAUCACUUCCCUCAUUUAUACCGCCACUACACUGGGUUAUUCAAACAAAAUUUAAGGUUAACAAUAAAUACCUUGGUUAUAUGAUUCUUCAGGGCAAUAUUUUCAAACCUAAAACGGAUUCUACAAAGUUGAAGACUUGA